CUUAACUCUUUCGUGUGUAGAGUCGACGUCUUCCAAUCACAACCAUGCUGAUGUCAUGCACACCAGCUCUUUCGAAGCUCAGCGGCAAAUACCGUACAAUCAACCAAAGCCUCGUUGAUACUGAGAAAUUGCUUCACCUUCUCAAUGAUCCCACUGAAGUUGUCGAUGAACUCGAUGCCAAGGAAUCAGUAGUGUCAAACGGCGAAGUUGAGUUUGGUUUUCCUCAUCAUUCAUAUGCAUUUUCCAAUCACAUGCAACUUGCGACUUUGAUUUUUGAUCUAUUCGAUAUAUACACGUGUUGUGGGGCUAUAUUGAUAUCACUCGGUCGAAUCUCUGAGUAGUCAAACAUGGUUGGUUGUUGCAUUGUUGCUAUGAUGUCGGUCUGGCAUCUCUGUUGUCGGCGCGCGAUUUAUACACUUUGUAUUUGCCAUGC